UCAAACAUUACCGACAUUGAAUUUUGUGGGCAAAGCCCAAGAGGCAAAGGAAAUUUUCUUAUUCCUGCUUGCAUUACUUACUUAUCAUUCGUGAAGAUUUCAAUAUUUACGCUCAUAGUCGUAAAUAGAAUCAUCUCUUGGCCUGUUUUGAAGUUUUUACCUUCGUGUACACAUAAGUACGGCCAGCGUAACACUUGCAACAUGGAAGAGGAUGAUGAUAUUGUUGUUAUUAUUGUGGAAGACGGAAAUGAGCCUAAAUUCACAAUGGACACGAGCGUUGAAAUCAAGCAAGAAGUACUGGACGAAGAGGACGAAGAUACAGGUUUGGUUGAUGAAAUAAAUUACACGGAGGUGGAGCAUCUUAUACAGACAGCAGAGAAACAUGGGCAGGUGGUCCCUAUAGAGAAUUUAAAGAAUGAACUGCAUAUUGGGGAAUUAAAGGAGGAACCUUUAAACACCGAGUAUUUAGACGAUUUCGAGAACGCCGAUGCCGAUGAAGACUACGAGCCGAAUUAUAAUGAUAUUAGUGAUGAGGAGUACAUCAGUACAAAGUAUAGAAGUACAGAAGAGCAAGACGAAGAUAUGGCUUUAAAACAGCCUCACCGUUAUAAAAUGCUGAAACCUAGCGAACAGAAGUCAUUUGUUAAGGAACUGCGGGCGAAUUACCCCGAGCUGAAAAGCGACAAGGAACUGUUGGUAGAGACUCUUUGUGAAAUAAUGAGGAAUAUCAAAGCUCCAAGUCCACCGAGAGACUAUUUUAUUAUGAACGGCAUUGAUUUCGAAUGUGUGAUAUGUGGAGCGUUAAAUAUAUCUCAGCCGGCUGCAUCACGACACUGGCAGGAGAAGCAUGGCACGAGAUACCUUGUGUGCUUUGCCUGCGGAGUGGAUUUUAGAAGCACAACAAACCUAUAUAAGCAUGAGAAGAGAUGUAACGCGCCGGAUGCGGUAACAGUUCUGAAGGCGCGUGCUCUCUCACUCGGACGCAAAGGGCGCAGCCGACCAUUCAUGCCCAACCCAGAAGUUAUUAAACUUAAAAAUAAAGUGCAGGCGGCCCGGCGUCGUUUCGCCUGUUCGCGCUGCCCCGCGGUGUACAUCACGAAGGCCUCGCUACAGGCGCACGAGUACGUGCACAACGGCCUGCGCCCCUUCCGCUGCAAGCAGUGCUCCAGCGCAUACACCUCGCGCUCCGCACUCUCCCGUCACGCCUCCCGGCACUCGGACGUGCAGUAUAUCUGCGACCACUGCUCGCGACCCUUCAAGACCAAGACUGCCCUCAUUGCGCACUUGGACACACAUAGGCCGCUGCGCAAGUUCCCGUGCGAACUGUGCGGGCGCCGCUACGCGCAGAAGAUGGCGCUGCAGCUGCACAUCGACCGCGCGCACCUGCACCUGCCGCCGCCCUGCGCCUGCCAGAUAUGCCCCAAGAGGUAUCCGAGGAUGUCGUUACUGAAAACACACAUGUUGAAGGAACACGGAAUGAACUUGAUUACCCGUAAUAUGCUAUACAAGUCCCUACCAACUCUGUCGGAGACGCAACUGAAGCAGGCUAAAAUCGUGCUCAAAUCCGAAUCUGAGUACCCGGAGAAAAUGACAUACACCAUAGAGGAGGUAGAACCACCGGCUGAAGAAACGGUUAUCAACGAAGACGACAAAGAAGCUGUAAUACAACAAAUAUUACAGUACCAGAGUAACGAAGCAAACAAGAAAGCAACGGUAGAAAUCGAGGUAGAAGCUUUAGAAGUCGAACCCUCAAAUAUGCCAGAGGAAAUUCAACAAGUGUUGUAUGAAAAUAGGGUUGAAUUUGAAACUGCGCAACCUGACGCAGCUAAAACUAAAAAAGGCAGAGUGAAAAACAGAAAACAACACAUAAAGGUCUUAAGUCAAUAGUAUAUUUAAUUCAAACUUGUCCAGAAAAAUAAAAUCCUGUGAUAGAGGGCGCUUUGAUCCCUUUUUUAAUCUGUUAAACGAUUACUGUAAAAAAAUGUUCUUAAUUUUGCCGCAAGAUGGGGACGGUUUUUAUAUUUGUGGUCAAGUUUUAAUUUAUUUUACACUUUUUUUUUAAUGUCCAUAACAAAUAAGUUGUAAAUAGGUGUGAUUCAUUGACUUAGGUAGUCAAGCAUGAAAUUAAAAUGUUAAGGUGUUCCAAGUUGAAUGAUUGAAAAGUGAAGUAAUUUGAUAAAAUCGUUUUUUCUUAUUGCAAUAUAAACCACUCGGCACUAGCAGACACUAUCUUUAAAAAGUAAGCAGUUGUGACUUUGUUUACGAUUGAACCGAUCACCAUAAUGGCAUAGAAUAAAAUACUAUACUACGUAUGGAACGGUAACUCUCCGCCCGAGGAUAAAAACUAAAAGCUCAAAUGUAGGCGGCAGCAAUGUUGAGUGUUUCUAAAUUUUGACAGUUCUCCAUACUGUCCAGCUAAAAUUCCUGUUAAAUUGCUAUAAAAUGUGGAGCAACGUGGAGUGUAUCCCGUCUGAAGAAUGAGUUACGAAAAAGAAAGGUAGUUGGAAAAAGGCAGUUUUGAUUUCAAAAUUAGUUUUUCUAAGUUUUCUUCUUUCCGAUCUUUAGGGAAUAAAUAUAACACCAUGAUUUUGCAGCAAAGGAUUAUAGUGUAAAAAUAUAACCAAAACAAUGUUUCUUUAUUCAAAUAGUAUGGCGACUUCUGGUGGAAAAUAGGCAGUUUUUAUCCUCAUUCGUAUCAGGCGCCAACCUUAAAAGGGCCUUAAAAGGGCAUAAGCCCCUGAAGAGUAAGUUGGAGAGCGCUCGGACUGCGUCUCACGUGACCGCGCGCAGCCUUCUCGAUUCAAGUCUAAACUAUGUUCGAAGGGGGGUGAGGUAAACCUAGCUCAGACGCUGGUGGGUAGUGCAGAGUCGCCGUUCCUUAUCUAUGACUAUGCAAGACUUUCUUCUAGUUCACUUGAAAACAGACUAACAUUAAAAAGGUGUGUGGUUGUGUGUUCUUUUUCAGCUCGGUUACAUAUAUCUGGUGCUGUGAGCAUCCAACAAUCGUGGUUAGUCCAACAGUCUUUGCUAACUGGCCACGCGUUUUGUUGUUUCUCUUCUUUUCACAUUUCUGAUUGUAGUUUCGUUUAUCUCUGUGAAUUAAUUUAUUUUUAAUUGCUUUCUGGUUGAUUACGAAGGAUUUGUUGUGCCAAAGUGGAAUUUUAGAUGUAAAUAAUAGGUGUUAAAUGCACCAUGAGUGACUUAUAAAUUCCUACACAAGAACUGAUGAUAUUUUACGAGACAUAAUUGUUAUGCAAUAAUACCUCUCUACGUAUUUGUAAAAUAUAAAUGAACUGUUCCAAACGUGAUAAAAAUAAAAGAACCAAGUUUAAUACGAAAAA